AUUGACUGCUUCCUGGUAAAUCGGAAAUUAGAGAACUCUGAAUCAGAAUCCUUGCUUCAAGGGAGUUGUCAAAACCCUAAAAGUUUAGUGCCGUGAUCAUGGCGACUCCAGCUGAUUCUAGGGCUGUCAAGUCGCUCAAGAACUCCGAGGCAACGAACAAAUUUUCGUUCAAGAAGGUCGGUGAGAAAAUGGAAGACACUAAAACAGAAGUCCUCAAUGUUUUUAAGAGCUUAGAGAAGGCGAAGGCUGAGCCUUCAGAGGGUUCCACCUUUCUCAAGGAUCGCCUCGUAGAAUUAAGGGAACUGAAUACAGCAAAACAUUUUACUAAAUUCUAUGAAGAGAUGUUCCCCUUUGUUCAAACUCUGCCGUUGAUCAUCUCGCAAAAAGAAAUAGUCUUCUCAAAGCUUGUCUCUGGUGGAUUACAUAUGGAAGCAAGAUUAUCUCUGGGAGCCUUUCUCGAGUUAAUUGAUGCUUUAUCAAGAGAUCUAUUGGACAGCUUUAUUCCAUUAUUUUUCGCUGAUGUUCUGGUCCUUUCCUUACGUGAAGAUAUUCGUAUCAUGGUCCAACAUAGUAAUGAACCUGCAGAAGUAUCUCAUAUGCGACAUCGAAGGUGUUCUCAGCUGAGGUACUACCCCCAAGAAUCUAUCAACGAAUUGAUGUCACGUUCGAUGGCACUUUUGUUGAGGACUGCACGGGAUGAGCAACGCGAGAUAGGGAUCAAGAUGAUCCUUUCUGAACUUGCUAACCCACUGAAUAAAUGUGGAGGAGCUACUCUACUAUAUCAUGUUAUGAUCAGGGAUGCUUCUGAGAAAAGUCUCCAUUCCAAAGCUGGGAAAGCUUUGAGUUUCUUGCUGAAAGAUUCAACAUUGUCCUCUUGUGAUGAUUUUCCUCAGGGUUCUGGUAGUACAGUAGAAGCUGUGAGUUCAGCUUUGCAAAGAAUAUGCGAGGAAACUAAAGCAGAAGAAUUAACCGUUAUGUGGGACUGCUUGUAUAAACAAAAGCUCAGCUCAUUUGACCCGACUCUUGACACUGCUUACUUCAGCUGUUAGGGUUGGGAAAGGUCUCAAAGUUUGUGAUUACCGAUAUUUGGUUGGACUUGUGAGCCAGAUUGUGCCAACUUUUAUGGAUUCCUCUGAUGUUCUCAGUAAAUUUCUGGGACUGAUGUUAUGCACCAUUGACAUACCCAGUGAUGUCAAUGAGCUGGAACCCAUUGCUUCACAAUGGACCCCCAUUUUUUCGUUGAAGAGUUUAAGGUAUCUUGAAUAUUCGUACUGAAAACCUUUUAGCCACUAAAA